UCCUGUGUUGUUAGCAUUCCUGUUCAUUCACUGCACAUUUCAGACCUAAAUGUUAGUUUUGCUAAGGAAUAAACCCCAGUGUUUGAUUUCUCAACAGGUUUAUAAACCUGCAGCUCAUUGUGUCACAUAUGUUCAGGUAGAAGCACAGCUGAAAUGGUCUUAUUGUGAAUUGCUGUACAUCUAGAGUGUCUUUAGCGUAUUUUCCGGUAACAUAAAGCUUUCCUUUUUUACUUGUGCAGGUUCUGCUACCCUGCACGCAUGGCAGCAGCUGGCUCAGCCACACAUGGGGGCUCUGCUGGACCAUCGGCCGGGCGUGGUCACAAAGGGCUUUCGCACUUUAGAGCAGGACCGGGAGCAGGAGCAGGAGGACAGCUGGCAGCUGGACCAGCCGGAGGAGGACGAGGCGUCGUGUGACCCGUUCACCGGCUCGUCAGGAGAGAGCCCCGCUCCGACAGGUUCCCUUUGCUCUACCGCCGUCGGCUCCGCCUGCUGCAACAUCAAGGGCAGCAACCAGCUAGAAGGACUGAAUGGAGCAAUUUGUGGUCCGAAAGAGGCAGUGGAAGGAAAAGAUGGAGUCGUCGCCAGAGUCGUCGCCGGCGCGCCCCUUCCCCUUUCCCGCCCUUCCCCGUCCUCACCCGUUCCCUCUUGUUCGGAGCGCAGCAGGCACACGGACCUCAAGGAGCUCCAGGCCCUGCAACCCGCCACUGUGGACCGCAUGCCUGUCCAUUUCCCAGGGAAAUGUCUGUCCCACACCAGCUCCACCUACACCUUCACCACCUGCAGGAUUCUCCACCCGUCUGACCAGCUGACCUCUGUGUCCCCCAGCCUUGCGGUAGUGUUUUGCCAAAGCGGCUCUGCCAUCGGCACUCCGACCCACACCUCCUCUCCCGUGCCGUUCUCGGCCCCGCACACGCCCUCCUACACCCCCUGCUGCACCCCGCGCCGCCUCUCCCUGUCGCUCUCCCUCAGCGAGUCCUCCACCAACUUGAGAGACUCCACCAAGACCACCAGCACCUCCCUAGGCCUCGUGCGCCUCCUGCUGGAGCGUGGCAUUUCUGCCUCGGUGUACGAUCCUUGCAGCUGGGACCGAGGGCUGGGUGCCAGCGGCGCUUCGACGCCCACGGGAAGCGUGCAGGUGCAGAGCGACGCAGCCAAGUCAGGGGAGAAUGAAGUCAGACCGCCGGUGAGGCGACCGGACACGCUCCUUCUUCAGCCCUGCUCCCCUCCCAGCUCCCCGCCCCAAGAAUCUGCCUCGGCCGCCACGGCGCGGCCCGCGUUUCAGUUCAGCCCUUCGAAGGAGGAUCCGCCGUAUUACGACGCCUUCCUCGCCUCCAAGCCGGCUCGCACCAUUCUGAGGGAAGUGCUGAUGGAUCUGGAGAGAGAGUACGACGGCGAGGCGGACGAAGACGGCCAGAACGAGGUGGCGAACCUCGGACUGGUGGACAAGCUGAAACGCUUCCGAACGCUCUCCGCUGUUUCCGCCUCGGUUUCCUCCGGGAGCGGUCUGUUGGCGCCCUUCAGCUCCAGCGGCCUGGGUGGCGGGCUCCCGGGUUUGAAUGCAGGACUGAGGAGGAACCGAAGCUAUCCGGCCAUGGUGGGGGCCAGCAUGGCCAUGAAAGACCCCGGCGGACCGCCCUGCGCUCUCAUCCCACAGACGAUGCAAACAUCACAGCCACAGGGUCCGGCGCAGACAGACGAAACGGGCAAAGUGCAAACACACCCCUCCGUUGUCAGGAAGGCCAUUCACAUACCGCAGACUUUACACGCACUGGAACCAGUCACACCACACACGGUAAUGCAGAGACACGCCAGGCCAAACUGGGAUUCAGACAAUUCAGCAACACAAGGCCAAGACAGUGAGGGUCAAACCAGGACGUGGUAGGAAAAACUCAGUAUGUCAGGCCAAAAUCACAGCGUUUUACUACACUUUUCAUGUUUAUCAUUACACACAUACAAAUACAAAGCCAAAAAAUAUGUUUAGCGCACACAUCGUCUGCAGAAGCCGACCGGUACAAUCCGCCCUUAUUUCCCCUGACAGCCAGUAGUCUGAAUAAAAUGUCGGAGUGACGACUGAGAGCAGGAGUGGCUGAAACUGUUACACUGUGUUAUAUUUAAAUACUGUCUGGCCAGAUUAACAAAGAUGGAGUAUGCUGCCUUCCUUUGUGUCAUUAUUGUACAAUGUACUGUAUAUGCAAUAUACUGUGGCAAAUAGUAUAUUAUUAAAGCCCCAGUCUGGAGUACUUUACCAUGUGACUGAAUUCAUAUGGAGACGCACCGGUUUCUGUGGCCGCUUUGCAGCCAACGUCCUUGAGCUGGUCCAGCGUACUUGAACCAAACAAAUAGCUCAUUCCCUCUGGCCAGCUGACCAGACCGAGACCUUUAGAUGAACUCUGAGACGACCAACAUCUCCGAUUUCAACAGCAGUUUUCAGCAGUCAGAGGGUGAAAACUAAAAUGGAUAAAAAAGAGAAAUUUUUCUGAAUUCCCUUCAGCCUCUUCGUGUCAUAAAAUAUAGUUUCCUUUUCAAUAUCUUCUUACAUCUUUGUACUUCCUACGGUUCAAAUUUUUUAUUUUUUUUAACACAUAAGCUGAUGCCGAAACCAGAUGACUUAGAUUGCUCUUCUCGCGUCGUUGCCAGCACAACACGGUCGUGUUUGUGCUGGUUGUGUUCGUUAAUCGGAGGAAUGAUUGGACCGUCGCAUUUCCGACCAGCUCAUCGAGCUAAAAGUCAUUGGACUAUGCUCACCGGACGACCUCCCGGUGUGUCUCUCAUUAUUUAACGUGACUGGCUGGUCUCGCCAAAGCCUAUAAAUGUCGUCAAAUGUUUUCCUUUAAAAAUGUUUCAUUGUUUCAUGAAGCAGUUUAGGCUAUUUUUAAAAGACUCUAAAAAUGGCUGUGUUUGCAUUUUUCUGCGCUGAAGUUGAAAAGGAGGAAAAUGUCUUUUCCUCCUUUUCUGUCUUUUGUUUAAAGAAAAGAAAUCCAGAUUGGGGCUUUAAGAUAUCUUGUUGCUGUGACUGAAUGUUCUUAUGUGCCUAAAAACAAACACACUGUAUUUCAUUAGAAAACUGAUUGCAUUUGUUGUCCUUUUGUUUGCAUUUUGUUUUGCUGUGUGCAAUAGACAUGACUUUAAUUGUGCAAUCCAGCGGUUUGCAUGAGAUUCGGUGCAUUCUUCUCAUUUCAGAUGUAUGUUUUUAUCUUUUUUUUGUUUUAAGUCCUCAUAAAAUGUUGGAUUCUACGGGAAUAGAGUAAAGCUGUUGUUCAAUCUGA